AUGUCCGACGCCGAGUUGAAAUGGGUGCAACCCGAGAAAAGAGAACUCCUUGGAGGAGAUUUACUCGCUCAAACCCUUCGACAUCUAGGUGUUGAGGUCUCCUUUGGCGUCCACGGCGGCCACCUCGAUGCCUUUCUAAUCGGAGCCCACAUGAUGGGUAUUCGUCUCAUCGAUACCAGACAUGAAGCUACCGCAGUACAAGCGGCUGAAGGAUAUGCCAAAGCCUCAGGUAAAGUUGGCACUUGCUUUGUCACUGCAAAUAGUGGCUUCUGCAACGCUAUACCUGGCAUCUCGACCGCCUUUGCUGACCGCUCCCCAAUCUUCGUCGUCACCUCCUCUCCUCCGCUGCGCGACGCCGAAACCAAUUGCUUACAGGGUUUCCAUGACCAAGUCGUCCUGGCUAAACCUAUUACAAAGUUUGCCCAUCGAGUGACCAACGUCGAGGAAAUCCCGCGCAUUGCCACCUAUGCUGUCAAGACUGCCAUGUCUGGCAUCCCAGGGCCUGUUGUGGUGGAUUUCCCUAUCGAUGUCCUUUUCCACCCUCCAAGAAUGGACGCAAUUUCUUAUGGCUCGAUCAUGUGCGACAUAGCCAUCGCUCCAUAUCCCGAUCCAGCAGCUCUCGAGAAGCUCCUGACUCUAUGGAAGGCAGCCCAACGGCCGGUCAUCAUCGCCGGUACCGGUUCUGCACGAACUACCACCCGAGGCUCGAAAACUAGUCCUCUCCUCCAACUGGCCGAAGCCACGAAUACUCCUGUUUUCUACAACCAAAAGUACACUGCCGCCUUUCCCCACGACCACGCUCUUCGUGGCGGCCCUGCUGGAGGUCUAGCAUAUCUGCCAGCGAUACAAAAACAACAACCAGACUUUGUCCUGCUUCUGGGUGCCCGAACUGGCUUCCUUCUAGGAGGACGCUCCGGCGCCAUCAUUCCCAAUAAAAAUUGCCGACUUGCCCAAGUUGACCUGGACGGCGCUGAGAUUGGCAAAUCUCACCCUGUCGACGUCGGCAUUGUAUCGGACGCCACAAACUUCAUCACCGCACUCGUGUCCAAACUCUCGUCCUCCCCACUCCCAGCACAAGAAGCCUGGCUUCAAGACAUCAAGGAUCUCAAAGAUAGACCCUCGCUCUACGCCAAUGAUCCAGAACUCAUGGGAGAGCACAAGAGGCUACACCCAUAUCACACUAUCAGGGCCAUUUAUCGGUCUCUACCGGAAGACUCGAUCGUUGUCAUUGACGGCGGCGAAGCAGGUGUGUGGGCGGGUGAGAAUCUCGAGGUCGCACGCGCCGCCACUGGCAUCGUGUCAACCGGCUAUCUAGGCUUCCUUGGCAAUGGAUGGGGUUACAGUAUGGGCGUUGCAGCCGCUGAUCCCUCACGCCUUGUUGUGAAUAUCCAUGGCGAUGGAUCCGCAGGCUUCCACAUUCAGGAACUAGAUACCUAUGCCCGGCAUGGCCUCAAUAUCCUCACGGUGGUCAUGAACAACUAUUGGUGGGGCAUGUCAAUUGCCGGUCAAGACAUGAUCUACGAAGAUGAUGAUCCAGCUCGUGUGGCUAGCAAGCUCAGUGAAGCUUGUCGAUACGACAUUGUCGCAAAGGGGUUCGGCUGUAAAGGCGCCAUUGCCACUGAUAGUAUCUCCCAGGUGGAGGAGGCGGUGAAGGACCUAACAGCUACCAAGGGCGCUGGCCUACUUAAUGCCAUCAUCUCGAAGGAGCCAUAUACCCUGGUCACAAAGGGCAUGGUUGGAAAAACGGCAGACAAGAAUUACAUUGUUAUUCCCUACUAUGACAAUGUUCUUCGACCACAUUACAACGUCACGGCUAACGGCACGAAUGGUCACUCUUCAUAGGAAGAUGGAGUU